UCUGUUCGAUUGAUAAACAAAAUAAAAAAGUAGACACGCUUCAACGAUUACCGCUAGUGCUAAGCAAACUCCAACCAAAAGUUUCUUCUUCCCCUUCCUUCUCCAUUCUUCCUGCAAACAAUUCCUGUUCCAAUUUCAAUUUCUCAGUAAUGGUGACGCCGGCGAUUUCACCACCAAACCCUCAGCAGGUGCUGCAAUUCCUGUCUUCCGUCCUCUCUCAACGUGGCCCCUCCGCUCUCCCCUACGCCGAAGACACCAAAUGGCUCAUUCGUCAACACCUCCUUACUCUAAUCUCAGCCUAUCCCUCUCUAAACCCCAAAACGGCGACGUUUACUCACAACGAUGGCCGAUCCGUUAAUCUUCUCCAAGCCGAGGGCACCAUCCCCAUGGCUUUCCAAGGCGUCACCUACAACAUACCCGUCAUAAUCUGGCUCAUGGAGUCUUACCCUCGCCACCCGCCCUGCGUUUACGUGAACCCCACGCGCGACAUGGUUAUCAAACGCCCUCACCCUAAUGUUACCCCUUCAGGUCUCGUUUCGGUUCCGUAUUUGCAGAAUUGGAUUUACCCAAGCUCCAAUCUUGUUGAUCUCGUACGCGAGUUGAGCGCGUAUUUCUCACGUGAACCUCCGCUUUAUUCCCAACGUCGUCCUGCUGUUUCAAACCCUAAUCCUAGUUCUGAUUCUAAUCCGAUUCCAUCGAAUUACGGAUCGUCGGCUGUUGCGCGUCCUCAUCCGGCCCCAGCUCCGGCGCGGCCGUUUCCGCCGUCUCCGUACGGGAGUCGGGUUCAGCAUCCGCCGCCACAGACGGAGGAUCCCGCGGAGGUUUACAAACGAGGCGCGGUCAACAAGUUAGUGGACAUGGCCCACGGGGAUAUUGUGGGCAUGAGGAAGGCACGUGAGGCGGAAAUGGAAGGUUUGUUUAGCACACAAGCUUUUUUGAGACGUAGAGAAGAAGAAAUUGAUAAGGGUUUAAAAGAAUUGCAAGACGAAAAAGAAGGAUUGGAGCAGCAAUUGCAAAUGGUGUUGAUGAAUACAGAUGUUUUAGAAGCUUGGGUUAGAGAAAAUCAAAGCAAAACGAAAGAUUUUAAGGAUUUAGAUGUGGAUAAUGCGUUUGAAUGUGUGGAUGUGUUGUCGAAACAAAUGUUAGAAUGUACAGCUGCUGAUUUGGCGAUUGAAGAUGUGGUUUAUUCAUUGGACAAGGCGUUGCAGGAUGGUUCUGUUCCGUUUGAUAUCUACUUGAGGAAUGUAAGGUUAUUGUCUAGGGAGCAGUAUUUCCAUCGCGCCACAGCUGCAAAAGUUCGGGCUGUGCAAAUGCAGGCUCAGGUUGCUAGUAUGGCUGCUCGGUCUUCACAUUAUGGUACAUGAAACGAAACUGAAUAAGUUUGUGGUUAUUGGACUGUUUAAAGAAUGAAGUAUUAAUAUAAAAAUUAGUUUAAAGUUAGCUUCUUGUGAAAGUUAUUUAUGUCAUUCAUCCAAAAAAUGUUAUACUGUUAUCAUUUUUGGUCUUUUAUUAUAUACCUAUAUCUUUUUUUUUUUUUUUUUAACUUUGGAUUUUAGAUUGUUCACUGUGCAUUUGUAUUGAUAGGAGAAAAUAAUAUACAUUUAUCUCAGUGAUACGUGAAUAUUGGUCAAUCGAUGUUCUGGAAUUCUUUUUUUCA